AUGGCAUACUACGAGCCUCAGGGUUGGCAGGCACCGGCCGCGCGCCAGGCCUCUUGGGAGCAACCUGCUCCCCCAUCGCGGUCAGGAUCGAGUUCCGUCUCCCAGCGUGACGAAAUCCCGGCGUUUUCUUCUCAGUUCGAUGAGGUCGACCGUGCUAUUGACAACCUCGUCAAGAGUGGAAAGCUGUGGGCUGCACCCCGGAGGGAUUCCAUGCCCAUGAUGAUGGGCCGUCCCUAUCCCGACUACGAUCCCCGCAUGGUCAACUCAAUGAGCCAGCGUCAUCACUCGAUCAGCGAGUUCGAUUCUCGGAUGCAUCCCAGUCCCAAUGUCCAGGGCUUCUAUGCCUCUCAGCGAUUCCAGGGUCGCCCCAAUGAAGUAGAGCAAAUGAUGCAAGCGAAGCGUCGGAUGGCAGCACAGCGUGAGAGGGAGCUCCGCAACUAUCACCAGGAGCAACAGUACAACCGAAGCCUGCUUGCCGAAAUGUCUGGAAACAAGUCCGAUCGCUCCCUCAGCCCGGCCGCCAUGAGCGAAGAAAGCCGCCGGGAACUACUCGCUCGUCAGCAUAGGGCUUUAUACGGCAACGACAGCCCUGCCUUCUUCCCUCCCGCCGGUCUCGCCGAUGACGGCACACGCUCCGAAAGCCAGGCAGGUGGCACGCCGACUUCCUCGACCGGCGUCCGUGGUGCAUCCCCCCGCAACGUUGAUCCGUUCGGUCUCGCACAGACCCCGGUUCAGGCUGGCGCCGACAGUCUCGGUCAGACUGCAGCCAGCGCUGCCUCCCUGCAGUCGCCUUCUCGUGCCAACAGCACCUCCUCCCCCAGCUCUGCCAUCAACCCUGUUUUUGGCAAAUACGACAGUGCCGACCAGCCUGUAACCUCGACAUCGUCUCCCGGCGGUGCUGAUUCUCCUUCCUCGAGACAAGCUCCUUCCAAGUCAAUGGCUGGGCCGAUUGGCUCCGUUGGCCCCAUCGGAACCCGUCCUUUGCCCCAGCCUCAUGCGGGACAGGUAUCUAACCCGGCGCUGAACAAGCGCUCCACGACUCCGCUGCCCUCUCCCCUGGGAUUCGGUUUCACUCCAGGCGAUGCCGCUUCGGAUCGUUCUGUUCCCUCCGUGUCGACCGCACCCACUACUGCGGCUGCGACCGCUAGUGUCAAGGAUACAUCCGGGGGAGUUGGCCUUGGCUGGGGCAACGGCAGCGGUGUCUGGGGUUCCAAGAACGGUCUCGGAGUUCAGGCCUCGGUCUGGGGUUAG